AUGACAGCGGGCGCCCAGGUUAUCAGCAACACCGGUCACGAUGACAUGAUCCACGAUGCAGUCCUGGAUUACUACGGCCGGAGGUUAGCGACCUGCUCGUCGGAUCGCACCAUCAAGAUCUUCGAGAUUGAGGGCGAGUCACAACGGUUGAUCGAGACACUCAAGGGGCACGAGGGCGCAGUGUGGUGCGUGUCCUGGGCGCAUCCCAAGUACGGCAACAUCCUCGCGAGCGCGGGCUACGACGGCAAGGUGCUCAUCUGGCGCGAGCAAAACGGCUCGUGGCAGCGCAUCUUCGACUUUGCCCUCCACAAGGCCAGCGUGAACAUAGUGUCUUGGUCCCCCCACGAGGCCGGCUGCCUCCUCGCAUGCGCUUCCUCCGAUGGCAACGUCAGCGUUCUCGAAUUCAAGGACAACAGCUGGGAGCACAGCAGCUUCCACGCGCACGGUCUGGGUGCCAACUCGGUUUCUUGGGCGCCUGCCACCACACCCGGCAGCAUCGUCAGCAGCAACCCCGGCCCAGGGUCGGCCGGCAACAGACGCUUUGUAACUGGCGGUUCCGACAACCAGCUCAAGAUCUGGGCGUACGACCCGGCUACGAACAGCUAUAAGCAAGAGAGGGAGCCCUUGGCGGGUCAUACCGAUUGGGUCAGGGAUGUGGCGUGGAGCCCAACGGUGCUUCAGAAGAGCUAUAUUGCCUCUGCGUCACAGGACAGGACAGUGCGGAUCUGGACCAGUGACUCUGCCAGCCCCGGGCAGUGGAAUGUCAAGGUCCUGAACUUUGAUGCCGCUGUCUGGCGCGUGAGCUGGUCCCUUAGCGGGAACGUUCUUGCGGCCAGCGGGGCGGAUAACAAGGUUACCUUGUGGAAGGAGAACCUUAAGGGCGAGUGGGAGUGCGUCAAGACCAUUGAGGAGUAA